AUGCCCAUCUCCAUGGGCCACAAGUCGCUGAACGUGGUGAAGAUCAAGGCCGUGGAGACGACGCGGCCGAAGCCCUUCAAGCGCGUCGAGGUCGGGGAGAAGGCGGACCUCGUCGCCGAGCUCGCGCGCACGGUGGGCUUCGACAACUGGAACGCGCUCGACAUGGCCAUCAACCUGCGCAAGUUCGAGGAGCACCAGCGGCUCGCCGAGGACUGCGCCGCGGCCGACGAGGAGGCCGCCGCCGGCGCCCGGGCGCGGGCCAAGGAGGAGGAGCGGCGGCGCCACCUCGAGCGGGCCCAGGACUGCGUCCAGUUCAUGAACUCGUGGAUGGACGCGGGCUACCAGAACUGGAAGUCGAACCAGCUCGUGAAGCGGAACCGCGUGCGCUUCGACCUGCGCUACGAGCUCGCGCUGAUGAAGCGCGACGAGGUGCGGCGCACGGGCGAGCGGCUGCGGCACGAGGAAGACGGCGGCGAGGGCGUCGCGUGGUUCGACCGGAACAUGAAGCGCCUGGGCAUCUCGUCGGCUUCCGCGGCCGACGGCGCCGACGGGUUGCUCAAGAGCGGCAUGAGCGAGUCGGCCAUGAUUUAUCUGCAGCGCAUCGAGGCGCAGGUGUCGUCCGUGACGCGGAACCCGGAGGAGGCCGCGGAGCUCAUGCUCACGCUGCGCAAGAAGGCGCACCAGAACCGCAGCGCCCGCGCGGAGCGCGAGCGGCGCCGGCGCAAGAUGGUGCUGGACCAGCAGCGCGCCCAGCAGCAGCUCGAGGCGACGAAGCUCGAGGAGAAGGCGCUCGGCACCUAUUUGACGAUCGCGCGCGAGCAGCGCGCGCUGUCCAUGGGCCGCUGGGAGGGCGCGCACCGCAAGCGCGAGGAGCACGCCAAGCGCGCGAAGAAGGCGUCCGAGCUCCACGCGCGCUACCUCGAGGGCUGCGCCAGGGCCUUCGAGGAGUUCUCCGCGCGCGCGCGCGCGGAUCGCGACGAGGCCGCGCUCGAGGCGACGGCCGCGGCCAUCCGCGAGGCGCGCGACGAGUCGGCGAAGCGCAAGGCCUUGCGGGCCCAGGAGACCUGCGCCGAGGCCGUGGCGAAGCUCGUCGACAUGGCCUGCGUCGUCCUCAAGGUCCGCGAGACGGAGGGCCGACAGCCCAUGGACGUGCCCACGUGGCGGAAGAUCAAGGAGCGCUACCUGUCGUCCGAGCCCUUCUUCGAGCGGCGCCGGCGGGCGCUGGCGCCCGUCGACGCCGCCGCGACGGCGGAGCGGGCGGCCCUCGAGGCCGAGGCCUACGCGACCGCGUCGGGCGCCUGGGACGUGACCGACGCGGGCGACGGGUCGCCGUCGUCGUCGUCGUCGUCGUCCCAGAGCCUCGGCGCGGACCCCGCCGUCGCGGCGACGGCGACCAUGGAGGCGCUCCUCGCCGAGGAGCCGCCGUCGACGCGGCCGCCGCGGGACGCGGGGCUCGACGUCUGCGGGCCCAUGCGCGUCGUCGUUAUAGGCCCGGGCGCGGUCGCCGCGGCGGCGGCCGCCGCGCCGCUCCACGGCCUCCCCGUGGCGUCGCCGGCGCUCGCCAUCGCCCGGGCGCUGGAGCUCGCGGACAAGGUCGAGGAGGAGGACGAGGAGAAGAAGGGCGACAAGGAGAAGCGGUCGAGCUUGAUCGUCGUCCGGAGCGCCGCGGCGACGCUCGAGGAGAAGGGCCUGGAGAUCCGGAAGCUCCGCGAGGACCAGGGCGACGACGCGGCGCUGCCGGACGCGCUGCUGGCCGAGACACUCGCGGCCUACUGCGGCGCGCUCGACGACGAGGGCCCGAAGCCGAGGCCGAGGCCGACGGCGGCGCCCGCCGAGGCCGCGGGCGACGACGACGAGGCCGCCGCGGCGCCGGCCGACGACGACGGCGGCGCGCCGCCGCCGGCCGUCGAGGGCCGCGGCUGGGUCGUCGCGGGCUUCCCGGAGACGGUGCUCCAGGCGAAGCUCCUCGAGAGCUUCCUGAGCGGCUACGGCGACGCGGACGUCGACGCGGCCCUGGCCGGCGGCGGCAAGAAGGGCAAGAAGGCCGACGCGAAGAAGGACAAGAAGGGCAAGGGCGACGAGGCCGAGGAGGAGCCCUUCGCGUCCGUGCUCGAGGCUCUGGUCGUCGUCACGGACCGGCCGCCGCCGGCCGCCGCGGCGCCGCCGCCCGCGGCCGAGGCGGGCGACGACGAGGGGUCGGCGGCGCCGGCGGAGGCGCCGCCGGCGGACGGGGCGCCCGCGGCGCCCCUCGAGGGCGCCGACGCCGUCGCCGACUGGUGGAAGACCAUCGCGGCGACGACGCUGUUCUGGGCCCCGGCGACGGAGGCGGGCCUCGAGGAGCGCCUCGACGUCGCCGUGGAGCUGCUCUACGAGCGCAACGCCGAGCCCCCGGCGCCGGACCUCGACGCGGAGAUCGACGACCGCGUCGCGCGGCGCGUCGGGAACCUGGCGCCGGCGGCGCGCAUCUGGCGGUCCCACCUCACGCGGGAGCGCGUGCUCGACCUCGACCGCGUCGCCGCGGCGCUCGUCGCCUGGACGAAGGACGGCGUCGAGCACGGCGACGCCUUCGGGAGCCUGGUCAAGGCCUUCGACGACCAGACGCGCCUCGUGAAGCAGGAGUGCGCCCAGUGCUACGACGACUUCCUGCGGCGGCUCCGGGUCAAGGACGCGCGCUGGGACCGCGUCGUGCGCCACUGCGUGCUCAAGAUGACGGCGAAGCACCGGGAGGUGUCCGGCGAGAUGCGGCUCCAGUACCUCGACGACAUGGAGCUCCAGCUCGGCGACGUCGUCGACGCGCGGACGAAGACCGCGCACGACAUCGUCGCGGACAUGUGCGAGGCGUCGCGGCUCACGGUCGCGUCGGCGACGGAGCAGUUCGCCGUUUUGGCAGCGGCGCUCGCGUCGGCGGAGGCGAGCCGCUUCUCCACGGGCGCGCUGACCCUCGACGACUACCAGCAGGCCGUCGACGCGCGGCCCGUCGUCCCUUCGACGGGCGACCUCUCGAAGAAGCUGAGCCACGCGCUGGCCGCGCUGGAGGCGGCCCUCGCGUCCUGCUCGUCGCCGGACGUCGCCCACAAGGUCCAGGACGCCGCGGCCCUCGUCGCGGGGCUCGCCGCGCGGCCCGCGUCCGCGACGCGGCGCGGCAAGCGCAAGUCGCCGGACGUGCUCCUCCAGGCGAGCCACCUCGUGCGCCGCCUCCACGCCAUCCUCGCGCGCUUCCGCCGCGUCGAGGACGAGCUCAAGCACAUCAUCGCGGGCCUGGGGCAGAACCUGCGCGAGAUGGCCGCCGCGCGCAUGCGCGUCGAGCACCGCGCGGUCGCGAACCACGGCAAGCACUUCCGCGCGGACCUGCGCGCGGGCCAGAUCGUCGUGCGCGACAUCGAGGUCGAGGACGAUGCCAUCACCAUCCCCGAAGUUCGCUUCGUUAUCGAAAAAGAAGGCGGCACCAUCGUGUGCAAGAAGUGCCAUCGUUGGGCUGGGCAAUCGCAUCGGGGCCGCUGCUGUGUGACCAUGCCGACGGGGGCGGAGCUCAAGGCGCGCGCCUCGGUGGCGGCGACGGGCAUGAAACGCAACCUCUUCAACCGGGAAAAACCCGACAAGCCCGUGAAGCCGCGCCAGUCGUCGCCGUCGCGCCUCGCGUCGGGCAUGAGCGACCUCGCGGCGCGCGUGGGCAGCCUCUUCCGGGGCGGGGGCGGCCUCGACGACGAGGAGGCGAACCCCAUGGACAAGAUGGCGGCCAUGCGCCUCGUCGACGCCGGCCUCUGGGAGGCCCGGGAGGUCGAUGCGCUCUACAAGGCGUUCAACCGGAUCCGCGCGAAGGACGGCCACCGGAGGAAGGCGACGAACAGGUACCGCCUGCCGACCAUCGCCGACUUCUACCGCUACUUCCGGCUCGAGACGUCCGUCUUCUGCACGCAGGUGCUCCUCCUGCCCAAGGCCGUGCCCCUCGGGGGCAUGCCCGUCGAGGAGAUCGAGAAGCUCGAGCUCUCGUUCUGCGAGUUCGCGCUGUCGACGUGGGUCCUCUGCUCCUUCGAGCUCGGCACGCUGGCCUUCUCCAUGAUGGACGGCGACCAGAAGGGCUACCUCACGCGCGGCGAGGUCCGCGAGGCCGUCGCGCGGAUCUACAGCGUCCACAACGCGGGCGGCCGGGGCCUCUUCGACGGCACGAAGCCCGUCGACAAGAAGCUCGACAAGGUCAUGGAGGGCCUCGACUGCAACGCGUCGGGCUUCGUGAGCCGCGACGAGUUCCUGAGCUUCUCGCACCGCCACCACCACCUGCUCCUGCCCGCGUUCGGCGUGCAACGGUCCGUGCGCGAGCGCGUCUUCGGCCCGACGGUGCGCUGGGCGGCGAACGAGCGGAGGCGCCAGCGCCUCGUCCAGCAGCGCACGGUCCAGCAGGUCGUCGCCGACAUCGCCAAGCUCGUGCCCGAGCUCGGCGGCGGCGCCGCGCCGCGGCCCGGCGAGGGGGACUACUACCGGCACGAGCCCGACGGCGACAAGGUCAUGGACCACGCGGCCAUGGCCUACCGCAACGGCGACAUGGACCAGGCGCGCAGGAUCUACGACUACCACGCGCGCGGCGACCAGGAGUCCGUCUUCCAGGGCGACGUCGUGCGCAAGAACGUCGCCGUCGCGGGCCUCGCGAUGGACGGCACGGACGCGGCCGCCGCGGCGAACCUCCGGCGCAAGCCCAACCCCAAGGACAAGGCCGCCAACGGCAAGCAGUCCGACAAGCCCUUCGGCGGCCGGCGCUACAACGACGACUACGCCAAGGAGCAGAAGGCGAAGCGCAACGCGGGCAAGCGCGCGCGCGCCGUGGGCCAGGACCCGGGGAGCACGUAA